UUUCUCAUAUUAGAGAAGACUAAUUCUAAACUCCUAAAAUUCUACCUAAGGACAUUGACAGUGGUAACUCAUGAGUCAUUCUAUCCACUUUCAACUAUAUAAUAAUAAGCGUCACCCUGCAGACCUUCAUGCUGUGUAACACUAAGCUUGAAAAUGGUGUCUCUUCCGAUUGCCACUACCACCACCCUCCAUUGCAGCAAUAGCUCUCCUUCGUCCUCAUUCGUUCAAAGAACGCCGCACGUUUCUAUAAAUAGAAAGAGCCCGUCUCGUCUGCACGUGUCAUGCAACGCCCGAAAAGAUGACAACCAGUCGUCGUCUUCGAAUUCUUCUCUCGGCAAGUUUGACAGGAGAAAUGUGUUGAUUGGGCUUGGGGGAUUAUAUGGUGCGGCGAGUCUAGCCAAUCCGUUCGCCUUCGCGGCGCCCGUUAACCCGGACUUUUAUAAAUGUGGCCCGGCGGACUUGCCAGAAGGCGCCGAGGCGGUAAACUGUUGCCCUCCGACCGCCCCAAAGAUCAUCGACUUCGAGCUUCCUCCACCGCCUGCCACCAUGCGUGUCAGACCUGCGGCUCAUUUGGCAGAUAACAAGGCGUACAUGGAGAAGUUUACCAGAGCUAUUGAUCUGAUGAAAGCGCUCCCCGCGGACGAUCCCCGGAAUUUCAUGCAACAAGCUAAUAUCCACUGCGCUUACUGCGACGGCGCGUAUGAUCAACUCGGGUUCCCCGACCUGGAGCUUCAAGUUCACUUCUCGUGGCUGUUUAUGCCCUUUCACCGAUGCUAUUUAUACUUCUUCGAGAGAAUUCUGGGGAAACUGAUCGACGAUCCCACCUUCGCCAUCCCGUUUUGGAACUGGGAUAACCCCGCCGGCAUGCAAAUCCCGGCCAUUUACACCGACCGGAACUCGCCGCUCUACGACCCUUUACGCGACGCGAAGCAUCAGCCGCCGAACAUUAUUGAUUUGGACUACAACGGAACGGAUUCCAACGUUAGCAAUGAGCAACAGUUUUCUCAGAAUCUUACUAUAAUGUAUCGACAAACGGUGUCGCUUGGACGGACGGCCAGUACUUUUCAUGGAAGCCCGUACCGAGCCGGCGAUGGACCGUACCCCGGCCUGGGUUCCCUGGAGGACAUCCCACACAACACGGUUCAUAUAUGGACCGGGGAUCGAACCCAGCCCAACGUAGAGAACAUGGGGAGCUUUUACUCCGCCGCAAGGGACCCGUUAUUCUACGGCCAUCAUUCUAACGUCGACAGAAUAUGGAGCAUAUGGAAAACCAUCGGCGGCCGCCGCCAAGAUUUCACCGACCGGGAUUGGCUUGAAGCGUCGUUCCUGUUUUACGACGAAAACGCACAAUUGGUGCGCAUUAAGGUGAGGGAUUGUUUGGACUCAAGAAAUCUAGGGUAUGUCUAUCAAGACGUGGCCACUCCAUGGCUCAACUCUCGCCCCACGCCGCGGCACUCUCGGAUUCUGAGCAAAGCAAAGAAGCUGGUGGAGGCCAAGGCGGCGGACGCGGCGCCGGCGCCGGAGGAUGUUUUUCCGGCGACGCUUGAGAAAGCGGUGAGAGUGAUGGUGAGAAGGCCUAACAGGAAGCGAAGCAAGAAGCAGAAGGAGGAAAUAGAAGAGAUUCUGGUGAUCGAAGGAAUCGAGUUGGACAGGGAUGUUUUCGCAAAGUUUGACGUUCUGAUCAACGACGAACACGAUGAGGCUAAGGUUACGGCGCAGAACACGGAGUUCGCUGGAAGCUUCGUGAACGUGCCGCAUCGACGACACCAUAAGCAGGAGAAGAAGAUGAAGAUGAAGACGAAGCUGAGAUUGGCCAUAACUGAGGUGCUAGAGGACUUGGAUUGUGAAGACGAUGAACACUUGUUGGUAACUUUGGUUCCAAGGAGAGGGUCUGGUGCUAUGAAGAUUGGUGGUGUCAAGAUUGUUCUUGAGGAUUGAUAUGCACUAGUAUAGACAACGCUUUUAACGUUGAUUGUUUAGUACUUAGGUCAAUUAAAAUUCAAAGUCAAUCUAGUACAUGUUGUAUAUAAAUUAUACGAGCUUGGUCCUAAAAACCAAGACCGUAUUUAUUUUUUAUUUUUUAAAAAUAUAAUACGAUGUGGGUUAUAAUGCUC